GACGAAGAUGUGUGCUUUUCUGUCGGAAGGCCACAAAGGGGAAACAUCCAUGCAGAGUUGGGGCUCCAGUUCAACAACGUGGCGUCACCCGAUCAAAUCCCACAGGCUGAUGCUGUUGCAGACACCUUAAUAAGUGCUCUAAAUAACCCCAACAACACCUUCGGCCUCGCUGUUGAUCCCACCUCCAUCCAAGUGAUUCGGUUAACAACAACCAAUGGGGCAAUGACAACAAGUGGUGGAUCAACAGUAGAUGCAGUUUCAAUCACAAGUCGUCCGCCAUUGACAACUGUAGCAUCAGUCACACCCAGUGGGUCAACUCGUACCAGUGGAUCAACUACAACUGGUGGAUUAACAAUAACCAGUGGGUCAACAAGUACCAAUGGAUCAACUACAACUGGUGCUUCAAUAAUAACUGAUGGUUCUCCAACAACUGGACGGUCAACUACAGCUGCUUCUUCAGUUACAACUGAUGGAUCAGUAACAUCUCAAGAAACAACUAGUCCUGUUGGACUAGGUGGUGCAGUUACCACAGCUGCCCCCUUUGUUGUUGUUCUCACAGCAAACUUGGAAGAACCAUUUGUAGAAGAACUCAAAAAUCCAAGCAGUAUACAAUACAGAGCACUUGAAAGAAGAGUUGUAACAGCAUGUGAUCUCAUCUACAGGGCAAGAUUUGGUUUUCUUUUCAUCCGCACAUUUGUCAUACGAUUUAGUCGUGUUGUAGCAAGGACACGAAUGGAGAACACUAAUGCAGAGGUGGGACUCGAAUUCAACAAUACAGCUUCACAAGAUCAAAUCCCACAAGAUGAUGUUGUUGUGGACACCUUAGUACAAGCUCUGAGUAACCCCAACAACACCUUCAACCUCACUGUUGAUACAAACACCAUUGAAAUCAUACGAACUCCAAAUACAACAUUAAGUUCACCAACUACAGCAACAAAUUCAAAUACUACAUCUACUCCGCCUAAAACUGCUGCACCUGCAACCACAACUACAGCAACUCCAGUUACAACUGCUACGACUGCUGCAAUGACAGUGUCUGUAACAGCAGUUGCUACAACUACUGUACAAUUCAUAAAACGGAAGCUGACUUUCAGAUCUGCGGGAGAGACAUUUACAAAUGACUUGCUGAAUCCGUCAUCGUUUGCAUUUGUAAAUCGAGCUGAAAUGAUAAAGAUGAUGCUCGAACCUUUCUACCAAAGAGCAUUCUCUUCAUUCAGAUCCUUGGCAGUGAUUUCAUUCAGUAAUGGAUCAAUCAUCAACACGGUGGACCUAAGCUUUGCAUCCACAUCAGUUCCCAGUAACACUCAGAUUGCAGAUGUUUUGGCUGGAGCAGCUUCAAAUAUCACAGCUUUCAACAUUGACACCACUUCCUUUUUUGUGGAUGGCACACACGUGUCAAGUGGAGUAAGCCACAAGACCAGUCUCAUCACUGCAUUCUUCCUUGUGCUGCUGUCAUGGUUACUGUCAAGCCAGCAAUAGUGUCUGUGGUGGACAUCAGUCCACGUGAAACCCUUUAGAAAGUGACUGCUAUCACUGGUAUGAAGAAUUACUUUUUUGUCAUAAAAAGAUUACACCUGUGAAUAUUUCAAUUGCUAUAUGACUUGGAAAGAACUAUCAGAUAUUACAUUUAAACUUUGGGUGACCUGAUACAUAAACGAGAAUGGUUGAUUGUAAAGGAACAUCUAUACAUCCUUGACAGCACACACUUGGAGGUCCAUUCAUGAUGUGGCAAACUUCAAGCUUUAAAAGAAAAGGUUAUUACUGUAAUUAAUGGCAUAUAAAUUUGACUAGUAACAUUUGAACCCAGUUAUAUCGAUAAGUCCACACAUAUUUUCAGAAAUUUAAAUUGCCUGUAUGAAAUAUAUUCUGAUUCUUAAUUCAGAUCAGUUGACUUAAACAUGAAGUCUUUAAGAGCUGCUCAUUUAUGUAAAGUUGACAGUGAAAACAAAUUCCCAAUUUCACUGAAGUAAACAAUAGUGUGCUCUUUGCUCAGUCAGAUUUAUGUUUAAGGUUGUGUUACUCAUUAAUGCAUAAUAAUGUCAUAAUAAUGUCUUGUAUAAUUAUCCAUUCACUGUACCUAUUUAUGUGUAUUUCUAUAAUCAUACAUAUGUGUAUUCUGAGCGCUUACCUUUAUUUUUGUAAAAUAUUUGGUAGAAAUACUAAUUCUUCCUAAUGAUCAGAAUAUAAACAUGACAAAUCUGUCUAUUCUACAACAUUUUAUAAUCUUAAGUAGGUGAUAAAUCACAGCAUUUUGUCUGUUUUCUAUGAUACUUAACUGAAUAGCAUUGGGUUUGGACUGUUGGUCAAAUAAAAUAAGCAAUAUGAAGAUGUCACCUUGGGCUCUGGGAACUUGUGAUGGACAUUUUGUAUUAUUUUCAGACAAUUUAUAGAUUUAAAAAUAAUCGAUUAAUCAAGAAAAUAAUAUAUUAAUCAAUAAGGAAAAUAAUUGGUAGAUGCAGCCCUUUUGAACAAUAUUCUGAAUGUGUAGCAUUACCAUUUCUAUGAACCUCAAA